AUGUGAUACUUUUGUAAUAAAUCGGACAAUGGCUAAAUCGAACAAAGACUGCUUAUCUUAUAGGGAUACACUGGACACGUCUGUACGGCUUAGGUACGACAACAAACUAAAAUUAAUUGAUGGUAAUGAUCCGUAUGAACUAAAGAAUUGGUCAGACAAUGUGGACAUUUUGCCAGGUAUAACAUACAUGGACAUUGUGAAUUAUCUUUUAUUUACUCCAAGUGCAUACACUGCUGAUGAUUUGAAAAGUUAUAAAGGACUCGACGCCUACAACCAAUUUGUAUGUGGAUGGGUUAGAGAGAGAACUGCCAUCGGAUUUGAAGAACAAGUUUUAGUAACUGCAAAGGUUCUUCAUUCACAAAGAUUGAGGGAAAAACCGCUGCGACCAUGGGUAAUUUCACAUAAAGAUGGUGUUGUCAAGGGCACCCAUUGUACAUGCAUGGCCGGCCUCGGAGAAGCGUGUACCCAUAUUGCGGCUCUGCUGUUUUCCAUAGAGGCCACUGUACGGAUACGGAAUUCAGCAACUGUGACUGAAAGGCCUGCCUACUGGAUGUUGCCAGCAGCCAUAAAAAAUGUGCCGUAUAGCCAGCUUACCGACAUUAAUUUUACCUCUGCAAAAGGUUUAAAAAGAAAAUUAGAUGACAAUAUUGAUCAGAUAUAUGAUACUCCACAGGCAUCAACUUCUGCGGUUUGUUCAAAGCUUCUUCCACCGUCACCACAUGAACUGGACACCCUCUUCAAAGAACUGCACUCGACAGGAACAAAACCAGUUCUGUUGGCUACAAUUGAGCCAUACUCAAACUGGUAUAUUCCAAAACCUAUAACAUCAUCGUUUCCCCAGAUGUUAACCGACUUGAAAGAUGACAGCUGUAUGAACAUGGAGUAUACAAAGUUACUCGAACUCUGUGUUAAUAUCAAAGUACAAACAAGUCCUGAACAAGCAAAGGAAGUAGAGAUUGCCACCCGUACGCAGUCUCAAUCAAAACUGGUAUCGAUUCAGGGCAGGAAGGAUAACGGCAUCAAAUGCCAAGUCGGCAUGCAACACCAAUGUUUUGAAUCCAGCUAAAAGCCUGGUGAAGACCAUAUGUUAUCCAGAAUCGUCAACAUUUUCUAACGAAGCUACUCGGUGGGGAUGCAAGCAUGAAAAAACUGCAAAGGCAGACCUUCUUGAGAA